GGGAGAGCGACUGGUGGAUGGGCGGAGCUGCCGGUUUCACAUCGGUGGGAGUUGGUGAUGGUGUGAGAAGGAGAGAGAGAGAGACACACACACGUGCACGCGCUCGGCCCAGGACCGGGAGGCACUGACCCGUGAUGUUUAACUUAAAGUGACAGCGGCCCCCAACUGUGGGCGCUGUGAGAGGUACAUGAGAUGGCAGCAGAAGAGAAGACUUCUUCUGCCCUGGAUCCUGGGAAUGAACAACCUCGCUCUCCUUCUAGCCCUUCCCAUCUCACACAUUUUAAACCUUUAACUCCAGACCAGGAUGAACCUCCCUUCAAGUCAGCCUAUAGCUCCUUUGUAAGCCUUUUCCGUUUCAGCAAAGAUGAAGGUAGAUCCAACCUUUAUAGAACAGAGUCCCCGCAGAACAAUCAGCAGGUUCCAGGUGUAAACUGGUCCAGCUCCCACCAGGAUAGUAGAGCGUAUUCCUUAAGAACAUCCCCAACCUACAAAAAACAGCACACAGGGGAAAACCUACGGAGAGCAUCCAGUGCAUCGAUAGCCAAAUCUCAAGACGUUAAUCGUAAACCAGAUGUGUCUAUGGGGGGUCAUGACCCUCGAACAGCAGUACAACUGAGAAGUCUUACCACAGUUCUAAAACGGCUGAAAGAAAUAAUGGAGGGAAGAAGUCAGGAUACUGACUUGAAGCAGUACUGGAUGCCAGACAGCCAGUGUAAAGAGUGCUACGACUGCAAUGAGAAAUUUACUACCUUCAGACGCCGGCACCACUGUCGAUUGUGUGGACAGAUCUUCUGCAGCCGCUGUUGCAAUCAAGAAAUUCCUGGAAAAUUCAUGGGUUAUGCUGGGGAUCUCCGAGCCUGCACUUACUGUCGCAAAAUAGCUCUGAACUACGCACACUCUACAGACAGUAGCUCCAUUGGCGAAGAUCUGAAUGUUCUGACGGACUCUACAUGUUCUGUAUCAUUAUUGGAGCCUAGUGAACCUAGAACUCCUGUGGGUGGAAGGAAAGCCAGUAGAAAUAUAUUUUUGGAAGGAAAUCUUGCAUGGCAGAGCUUGGGUCACCAGGAGCCACAGAACAAUCCUUUGGCCAAACGCCUCACUUCUGUGCAGGAGGAUACAGGAAAGUCACCAGCACGCAAAAGGUCCGCAAGCAUUACCAAUCUAUCUCUUGACCGAUCGGCUUCACCCAUGGUUCCUUCCUAUGACAACUCCAUCAGUCCUCAGGCUUCUCGGGCAUACGUUAAGUCAGAUCCAAAUGAAGAUGAAAGAAAAAUUCUUCUGGAUUCAGUGCAAUUGAAGGACUUAUGGAAGAAAAUCUGUCACCAUAGUACUGGCAUGGAGUUCCAGGAUCACCGGUACUGGCUGCGAACUUAUCCAAAUUGCAUAGUGGGAAAGGAACUUGUAAACUGGCUGAUAAGAAAUGGACAUGUAUCUACACGAGCUCAGGCAAUUGCCAUUGGACAGGCCUUAGUGGAUGGUCGAUGGUUUGACUGUGGAACCCAUCAUGAUCAGCUAUUCAGGGAUGAGUAUGCCUUAUACAGGCCUUUGCAGAACACAGAGUUUUCUGAAACUCCUUCACCGGACAGCGAUUCUGUGAAUUCAGUGGAAGGAAAUUCUGAACCAUCAUGGUUUAAGGAUAUCAAGUUUGACGACAGUGACACUGAACAGAUUCAGGAUGAAGUUGAAGAGAUUUUGCAAAGCUCUUCCAGCCCUAGCAAGCGUACAUCAGUAAGCAGCUUUCAGUCAGUCGUGGACAGUGACUCUGCCGCCUCUAUCAGCCUAAAUGUGGAACUGGACAAUGUCAACUUUCAUAUCAAGAAACAUUCCAAGUACCCGUAUGUCCCACCACAUCCAGCAGAUCAGAAAGAGUUCCUGGUAUCUGAAGAUGGAGUGCAACAAAUCAUUGCCAUAAGUGAUGCUUUUAUCAAAGAAUCUUUGUUUAAUCGUCGGGUUGAAGAAAAAUCAAAAGAUCUUCUUUUUACACCACUUGGAUGGCAUCACAGCUCUUUAGAACAACUCAGGGAAGAAAAUGGGGAGAAGCAAGCAAUGGAGAGAUUACUUUCUGCAAACCACAAUCAUAUGAUGGCCUUGCUGCAACAACUCUUGUACAGUGAGUCUCUUUCACUUUCCUGGAGAGACAUAAUUGUUCCCGUGGUUCGCCAAGUAGUGCAGACUGUGCGACCAGAUGUCAAGAACAAUGAUGAUGACAUGGAUAUCCGCCAAUUCGUUCAUAUAAAAAAGAUACCUGGUGGGAAAAAGUUUGAUUCUGCUGUUGUGAAUGGGUUUGUGUGCACUAAAAACAUUGCACAUAAGAAGAUGAAUUCUUACAUAAAAACUCCUAAGAUUUUGCUGUUGAAAUGUUCCAUCGAAUAUCUCUAUAGAGAGGAGACCAAGUUCACCUGCAUAGAUCCAAUUGUUCUACAGGAAAGAGAAUUCCUAAAGAAUUAUGUCCAGCGAAUAGUUGAUGUUCGACCAAAUUUGGUUCUUGUGGAGAAGACAGUUUCUCGUAUUGCUCAGGAUAUGCUUCUUGAACAUGGCAUUACCUUAGUUAUAAAUGUAAAGCCACAAGUCCUGGACCGAGUGAGCCGUGUUACACAGGGAGAUUUGGUUAUGUCAAUGGACCAGCUUCUUACAAAACCACGUCUUGGAACAUGCCAUAAAUUUUACCUUCAACCAUUCCAGCUACCUAAUGAUCAAGCAAAAACUCUCAUGUUUUUUGAAGGAUGUGCUCAGCAUUUGGGUUGCACUGUGAAGCUGAGAGGUGCUUCAGAAUAUGAACUAGCAAGGGUAAAAGAAAUCCUUAUAUUCAUGGUCUGUGUAGCUUAUCAUUCUCAACUGGAGAUCUCUUUCCUUAUGGAUGAAUUUGCAAUGCCUCCCAGUUUAUCUAAAAGUGGAUCAAUCCAUUCCAUCAUUGACUGUGAGACAACUGACACUGAUAAGCAGGAUUUGUUUAAUGAAGAGCUGAGCAACCUUUCUAAAGACUCUGAUAGUACAAUGGAUGGCAUUACUAUACUCUCUGAAUUUGCACUGGCACCUACAUUUGACUGUUCAAAUGUACUUUAUGAAGAAGACGAAAAACCACUGAGGGAAAGUGCUUCUCAAGAAAAUGUGUUUCUAAAGCCUGAGGUCCCUCCACUUGAUAAACCACCUGUGGACUUUGUGAUCCCAUUUCUUGACCAUCAUACAAUAUCUAUCCUCCAUACAGCAAUAGCUGAGAUAUCAGACAGUAAAAUAGAACAGACUUCUCUAGAUGUCUGUCCAGAAUUCCCACAAAAAGACCAGCCUAAGUUAAGUGACUCUGAUACAGGAGGUAGUGAUCAGCCACGAGGCAGUGGGCUUAAACCUUUCCGGGAUCCCCUUCAAGACGAUACAGAUCUGUUCAUUACUGAGCAUGUUACUUCUUCAGAUGACAGGCUGAAGACCCACUCUGUAGCAUUCAAACAGGAAUUAAAAGACGUCAUCCUCUGCAUAUCUCCAUUCAUUAUUUUUAAAGAACCUUUUCUGUUUACUGAAAAGGGCAUGAAGUGUCCGACAAGAGACUACUUUCCAGAACAAGUCUAUUGGUCUCCUCUUUUACACAAAGAUAUUAAGGAAAUUGAGUUCAGGAGAAAGAAACUGUUUCUGAAAGACUUGACUAGCCUUCAGGGAAUGAACGGGAAUGUGCAGGCAAAGUCAACUCAGAUUCUGCCAUCCCAUGAUCUGCUCAGUACCAGAAUAACUGAGUCCUUAGGAAAUAAUCAAAGCUUAUCAAAGGUGCUGGCUGACUACAGGGCUAGAGGUGGUCGGUUAAAGAACCAAGAAAUAGACCCCUUUGUACAGUGCAAAGAAGACAGCAAUACAGCACCCACGAAAGAUGGGGAAGAGGAAAUUCAGCGAGGUCAGACACAGAGUGAGUUAAUGUGGUCAUCAAAGGUCGACUGUUUGAGCCCUGCAAACCACCAGAAGCUUUGUGUUCUCUUCAGUAGUUCCUCUGUUCAGUCAAGCAAUGCACCAAAUCCAUGCGUCAGUCCAUGGAUUGUCACAAUGGAAUUUUACGGGAAAAAUGAUCUCACUUUAGGCGUAUUUUUGGAGAGGUAUUGUUUUAGGCCUUCCUACCAGUGCCCCAGUAUGUUCUGUGAAACUCCUAUGGUGCACCAUAUACGGCGUUUUGUCCAUGGUAACGGAUGUGUACAAAUUGUACUAAAAGAGCUGGAUUCUCCUGUACCUGGUUACCAACACACAAUCCUUACCUAUUCCUGGUGCAGAAUGUGCAAACAGGUAACUCCAGUGGUUCCACUUUCCAGGGACUCUUGGUCCAUGUCCUUUGCCAAGUACCUAGAAUUGAGGUUCUAUGGUCAUCAGUAUACACGCAGAGCAAAUGCAGAGCCAUGUGGUCACUCUAUGCACCAUGAUUACCACCAGUAUUUUUCUUAUAAUCAGAUGGUUGCAUCUUUCAGCUUUGCCCCCAUUAGAUUGCUUGAAGUUUGCCUUCCACCACUAGAAAUACGCAUUAAACAUGCAACGCCAUCCAAACUCUCGAUAAUCCAGGACUUGAAGGAAUUUUCACAAAAGGUAUCACAGAUCUACUUAGCAGUGGAUGAUCGCCUUGUGUCUCUGAAAACUGAUACCUUCAAUAAAACAAGAGAAGAAAAGAUUGAAGAUUUGUUUGCACAGAAAGAAAUGGAAGAGACCGAUUUCAGAAAUUGGUUUGAGAAAACACAGGCAAGAUUACUUUCCUUUCCAAAUGACAACCCUCCACAGCUACAGUUUGUGGACGAUUGUUUAAUUACCAAAAAACAAAACCUCUGCGAGUUGUUACAAGCUUGGAAUAACAGACUGCAGGAUCUUUUUCAACAAGAAAAGGGACGGAAACGGCCAACUGUUCCAGCAAGUCCUGGUAGAUUGAGAUCAACUGAAGAAACCAAGAGCAAUGUACUGGAUGCAUCUCCACGAAACUCUUCCCCAGGUUUACAGAAUGGAGAUAAAGAGGAUCGUUUGUUGAACAAUAUAGCGUCAGCGUCUACCAACAAUCCCCAUUCUCAGCUCCUCUCUUGCGGUUGUAUGAAUGCAGAUGUGUCCACAGACCAGGUGUCCACUGGGUCCACCAUACCCACUGUGACCAUCACCAGUGAUCAAGAAGCUACAAGCACUACUGAAGAUACACAUGAUGGACACUUGCUGGGCUCCAGUGACAGUCAAGUGAAAGAAAAGUCAACUAUGAAGGCUAUUUUUGCAAACUUACUUCCUGGAAACAGCUAUAAUCCUAUUCCAUUUCCCUUUGAUCCAGAUAAGCACUACCUUAUGUGGGAGCAUGAACGUGUACCGAUUCCAGUGUGUGAGAAGGAGCCAAGCUCAAUCAUAGCAUUUGCACUCAGCUGCAAAGAAUAUAAGAAUACUUUAGAAGACCUUGGAAGAGAAUAUGUGAAGAAUGGCAGUGACGAAGGAGCACAACAGGCAAAUGCGGACAGGACUAAGACCAGCAGCCCUGCAAGGCAGCUAGAGAACAGCAGCAACCAAGGGAAUCGCAGCUCUGACUCUGACCAACAAUCAAGAAAGACAUCUGGAGUUUUGUCAUUUUUCCGAGGUUCAGGGGGUAGAAGCCCUGAUCUGUCCAUACAGAGAAAAGAGACUUUACGAGGUGCAGAUAGUGCUUUUUACCAGGUCACACAAUCAGGGAAAGAAGGGGCAGAGAAUCAUGCUGCAGAGUUGCAAGGUGAUGGUGAUGGUGGAGAUAAACAAAAGAAACAGCUGGGAAAUCCACAUGUAGAACUGCAAUUUUCAGAUGCAAAUGCUAAAUUUUAUUGCCGGAUUUAUUAUGCUGAAGAAUUCCACAAAAUGCGUGAUGUGAUUUUGGGAAGCAAUGAGGAUGACUUUAUCCGAUCUCUGUCGCAUUGUGUGCCAUGGCAAGCUCGUGGAGGCAAAUCGGGAGCAGCCUUUUAUGCAACAGAAGACGACCGGUUUAUUCUGAAGCAGAUGCCUCGCCUAGAAGUCCAGUCUUUCCUGGAUUUUGCUCCCCAUUAUUUUAGCUACAUUACUACUGCCGUUCAGCAAAAGAGACCUACUGCAUUAGCCAAAAUUCUAGGGGUCUAUCGAAUAGGCUACAAAAACUCUCAGAACAAUACAGAGAAGAAGCUGGAUCUUUUGGUUAUGGAGAACCUCUUCUAUGGGAGAAAAAUGGCUCAGGUUUUUGAUUUAAAGGGUUCCUUGCGGAAUCGGAACGUUAAGACAGAAACAGGAAAGGAGACAUGUGAUGUGGUAUUACUGGACGAAAACCUAUUAAAAAUGAUUCGUGAUAAUCCUCUCUACAUUCGUUCACACUGCAAAGCUGUACUGCGAGCAUCCAUUCACAGUGAUGCAUACUUUCUCUCAAGCCACCUUAUUAUAGAUUAUUCCCUACUUGUGGGUCGAGAUGAUACUUCGGACGAGCUCGUUGUUGGAAUUAUUGAUUAUAUCAGAACUUUUACAUGGGAUAAAAAACUUGAGAUGGUUGUGAAGUCUACAGGAAUCCUGGGAGGACAGGGAAAAAUGCCCACUGUGGUCUCUCCAGAACUUUAUCGAACACGUUUCUGUGAAGCAAUGGACAAGUACUUCUUGAUGGUCCCGGAACACUGGACAGGUCUAGGUAUGAACUGCUGAGAAGAUAAACUUGCACUCUGGACUAAUCGACUGAAGAUUGUGACUGUGUCUAUGCUAUGGCAGUGUCCUUUCCAAUAGAAAAUGGUUCCACAAACUAAACACGUUCGUUGUAUUGCAGGAUUAUCAUCGAACAUUGAAAGAAUGAUCUGCCAAUUUCCGUGGGGCAAAAAAUCAGCCUUAGUUUUGAACAUAUUUAGGAACUGUGUAACAUUUGGUGGAAAAAAAUUGCUGUGUUUUAGAAAGAUGGAGUGAGUACACUUAGUAUUGAAAAUAUUCUUAAUUUGACCUGCAAAACUUAAAACUAUAUUUCCACUGUGACAUGCUUGAAAUUAGCAUUGUAAGAUGAAAGAGUGCUAUUCAUGAAAGUAUAUCAUAAAAGCAGAAUAAGUGCUGCUCUGAGAAGAUGUCUUCCCAGUGCUCUUCAUGAUUAUGCCUUUGGGAGUCAAAGGAGAAGAAUGUCAAAUGGGAUAUUUUGUAUGCUUUCUCUAUUAAUAAGAGAAAAUGUGGUAUUUCAGUAUUUAUAGUGAGGGUCUACUGUAUAUAUUUUGAAAGUUGAUGGCAUAAUACUCCCUUUGCUACUCAUAAGGCUAACAGAGCUGGAAACAAGUUUUCCAAACUGCUAUCAUGGAUUAAAGAAUGCAGUACAUUUAUUGCAAUAUUUUCCUCAUUGGUGCCCCUUGUAAAUGUGUUUUCUUACACUGAAAAAGAUUUGUAAAUAGAAAGUACUAAAACAAAGUCAAAUUAUGUUUCACAUUUUGCAUUUCUAGAUUCAUGCAAGCAGUUAUUUAUCCAGCUAAUUUCUUGAAAAAAAAUGAAUUCAGACUUGUUUCGCAAUUGCUAGUAAUAAAUUUUGAAAAACUGUUUUAACAUUUCAUCAUGCUUAGUAACAAAUAUAUAAUGGUGAGCACAUGUUCAUCUGAUGCACUAUUUGAAUUCACUUAUGUGGGAAAGAUUAUUUUAAUUAAAGUAAGUAUAUAAUCGUCUCCAGGAAUCAAGAGCACUUGUAAUAAAUCUUCAAUAAAUUCUACAAGGUGUUUUAUAAUGCUUAAAUGUAAGUUAUUUAAAGCAAAACCAAAUUGAUACUUUUGAAAACUUAUGUAUUGAGAGAAAUUCCAAUAAAUAUCAAGGAAAACUAUGGUAGAUUAUACCAAACAGUUUUCACAAUGCAAUGUUUACAUUGGCUGUAUUAUGUUUUUUUGCCCUGGAUGUUACCUUUUAUGUGAUGGUAUUUAUGAAAUGUUCAGUUUAUGGAGAUUACAUUUUAAUCAUUGGAGCUAUUUUUCCUUUGUAACUUUGUAAAGUAUAAGCACAGCAAAUGUGCAACAAUAGUUGUUAGCACUUGUGUGGCCACCAUGUGCAUUGGAACCAGGCCACAAAUGAAUAUAGAACACCCUCAAAUUUUUUUGACCAGAUAACCAUAAUUACGCCAGAUUCAAUUUCAUCUUAAGACCUACCAGGCUUUUAUUUAUAUUCCACUUUACAACAAUAUAUACAUUUAUAUGGAGGAUGUUCUGAGGAGCUGCACAGUCCAACCGUACCCUUAUCCAUAAGCCAUGAAUCGUUGCUGGUUAAAUAUUAAUCCUUCAAGCACUGUGCUUGAGUUCACUCAUUUGGGUGCUGGAGGCAGGUCCCAUUGCCCAGCAUUAUACUCGUCAGUGGAUUGGUGUUUGCACAUUAACAAUUGCAAUCUACAACAAUAAAACUGGCCAUUCAACCCAA